UCCCUGCUCGUCUUGGGAGGCUCCUCCGGAUGGAGAGGUCGGUGCGCUCGAGAGAGAUUCUGCGCGCAGGGCGAGGGGAUUUCCUUUCCCCUUACUCAGAAGCAAGCAAUAGAGAAGACAGAGCAAUCUGUAAUUUCUUUAGGAAUCUCAAAUAAACAAUUUAAAUAUGUGGAAUGUACAAUGUGAUUCAGGGAACACCCUUAGUUCACAUCAAUGAACUGAAACAGUGGAGACACCAUUUAAAGGUAUGGAUUGUGGAAAGGACUUCAGUGGGAGUGGAAUUCCUACAAAACUUCAAGGAACACACACAGGGACUAAACCAUUUAAAUGUAUGGAGUGUGGAAAGAGCUUCAGUCAGAGUGGAACCCUUAGAAGACAUCAGCGAGCACACACCGGGGACAAACCAUUUAAAUGUAUGGAGUGUGGAAAGAGCUUCACAGAGAGUGGAAUGCUUAGAAGACAUCAACAAACUCACACAGGGGACAAACCAUUCAGAUGUAUGGAGUGUGGAAAGAGCUUCAGUCAGAGUGGAGCCCUUAGAAUACAUCAGCGAACUCACACAGGAGAGAAACCAUUUAAAUGCAUGGAGUGUGGAAAGAGCUUCACACAGAGUGGAAUGCUUAGAAGACAUCAUCAAACUCACACAGGGGACAAACCAUUCAGCUGUAUGGAGUGUGGAAAGAGCUUCAGUCACAGUGGAGCCCUUAGAAUACAUCAGCGAACUCACACAGGAGAGAAACCAUUUAAAUGCAUGGAGUGUGGAAAAAGCUUCACAGAGAGUGGAAACCUUAGAAGACAUCAUCAAACUCACACAGGGGAGAAAUCAUUUAAAUGUAUGGAGUGUGGAAAGAGCUUCAGCGAUAGCGAAAAGCUUACUGUACAUCAACGAAUUCACACCGCGGACAAACCAUUCAGAUGUAUGGAGUGUGGAAAGAGCUUCAGUCACAGUGGAGCCCUUAGAAGACACCAGCGAACUCACACAGGGGACAAACCAUUCAGAUGUAUGGAGUGUGGAAAGAGCUUCAGUCACAGUGGAGCCCUUAGAAUACAUCAGCGAACUCACACAGGAGAGAAACCAUUCAGAUGCAUGGAGUGUGGAAAGAGCUUCACACAGAGUGGAAAGCUUAGAAGACAUCAUCAAACUCACACAGGGGACAAACCAUUCAGAUGUAUGGAGUGUGGAAAGAGCUUCAGUGAUAGCGGAACGCUAAGAAUCCAUCAGCGAACUCACACAGGGGAGAAAACAUUUAAAUGUAUGGAGUGUGGAAAGAGCUUCAGUCAUAGCGGAACACUAAGAAUCCAUCAAAGGACUCACACAGGGGAGAAACCAUUUAAAUGUAUUGAGUGUGGAAAGAGCUUCAGAAACAGUGGAAUGCUUAGAAGACAUAACCUAACUCACACAGGGGAAAAACCAUUCAGAUGUAUGGAGUGUGGAAAGAGCUUCAGUCAGAGUGGAACCCUUAGAAGACACCAGCGAACUCACACAGGGGACAAACCAUUCAGAUGUAUGGAGUGUGGAAAGAGCUUCAGUCACAGUGGAGCCCUUAGAAUACAUCAGCGAACUCACACAGGAGAGAAACCAUUCAGAUGCAUGGAGUGUGGAAAGAGCUUCAGUCACAGUGGAGCCCUUAGAAGACAUCAGCGAACUCACACAGGGGAGAAACCAUUUAAAUGUAUGGAGUGUGGAAAGAGCUUCACACAGAGUGGAAUGCUUAGAAGACAUCAUCAAACUCACACAGGGGACAAACCAUUCAGCUGUAUGGAGUGUGGAAAGAGCUUCAGUCACAGUGGAGCCCUUAGAAUACAUCAGCGAACUCACACAGGAGAGAAACCAUUUAAAUGCAUGGAGUGUGGAAAGAGCUUCACACAGAGUGGAAUGCUUAGAAGACAUCAUCAAACUCACACAGGGGACAAACCAUUCAGCUGUAUGGAGUGUGGAAAGAGCUUCAGUCACAGUGGAGCCCUUAGAAUACAUCAGCGAACUCACACAGGAGAGAAACCAUUCAGAUGCAUGGAGUGUGGAAAGAGCUUCAGUCACAGUGGAGCCCUUAGAAGACAUCAGCGAACUCACACAGGGGAGAAACCAUUUAAAUGUAUGGAGUGUGGAAAGAGCUUCAUUGAUAGCGGAACGUUUAGAAGACAUCAUCAAACUCACACAGGGGACAAAACAUUUAAAUGUAUGGAGUGUGGAAAGAGCUUCAGUCGUAGCGAAACACUAAGAAUCCAUCAAAGGACUCACACAGGGGAGAACCCAUUUAAAUGUAUGGAGUGUGGAAAGAGCUUCAGAGACAGUGGAAUGCUUAGAAGACAUAACCUAACUCACACAGGGGAAAAACCAUUUAAAUGCAACGCUUAGAGGACAUCAGCAAACUCACCCGGGAAAAACAAUUUAAAUGCAUGUUUGUUUGCAGAAUUUGCAUUUGUUCGAGUUGGGUAUCAGGCCCUGCCAUCAGACUGAGACUGCCUUGUUGGCGCUGGUUGAUUAUCUCUGGUGGGCUUGGGACAAAGCUAAAAGCUGUUUCCUGGUUCUGCUGGAUCUCUCAGUGGCUUUUAAUGCCAUUGACCACAGUAUCCGGUUACCUAUUUGUGAUAUAAAAAUGAGGCAUUGCGCGUGCAGAUGUCCCAGCCUUUCUCCGUAACCGCUGAACCAAAUUGCAUCAAAUUAGGACAAAGCGUAACUUGCCCAUCAGUGAGGGAUCUGGCAUAAUAUUUUUUUCCAAAAAAGCAAACUUUUCAUACCUUAAAAAGUUAUUAAUUGCAAAAAAGUGGCACACAAAUUAGAUAUCACCAGCAGAAGCUCUGAAGACUCCAGCAUCAUCCAAAAGAAAGGCAGAUUGCCCACUGCUGCCUCCAAAGCCGCGCCACCAGAUGACAUUACAAAAUUCCACAGCAACCAACUGAAAACAGGCCUUUUGCAGCAACAAGGCCCAUCAUUGCCCAGCAGACUAGGCGAAUAGGGGGCAGGGAUAGGUAAUGGGUCAGAUCAGGGUAGGGCCCUCUCCACAGUAUCUUUCCAGACUAAGCCAAGUGGAGGUAGGGGCCUGCCUGUGUGGGGGAUGGGGGGAGCCGAAUAGGCUGCAGCAUAGAAUCAACUGAAUAUGGGCCUUUUACAGGGCCGUGCCUUUGGGUAGGAUAAAUGUUAUCCUAUAUAAUAAUGUCCAAGUUGUCCCUGCGUCCAGUUGUCCUGUGUGUCCCUGGGGUACUGCGCAUGUACCCCAGAGACACAGGGAUUGGACGGAGAGACAGGACGCACACACGCGCGCUCUCCCCCCCCUCUGCCAACCGCCGCUCGCCCUCACACUCCCCUCUCGCAUUGCCACCCGGCUCAGGUGCAGGCGGCGGCCGGAUCUGCUCGAGCUUCUCCCUCCCUUCCCAGCCCUCAGGGCUACCUUUCAUGAGAGGGCAGAGAGAGCGCUGAAAGCCGCGGAAGCGUGUGGACAGGGACGUCCGCUUCCUACAAAAGGGCCUGGUUGCAAACGGAGCCUCGGGGACUGCAGUCCUCCUUUCCUCCCCCCAUCCUCCAUACUUCCCCCGUCGUCGUCCUCUUCUUCUUCCACCUCCCACCGACUGCAUGCUUCCCCCACCAAGGAUCGCUAAGGAUCGCGGCGGCGGCGAUGGCACGCCUGGCGGCUGCGGG